ACCUCCCAACAAAACAAUGGCAAAAUGUUUUAAAAAACCCGUCACGGCAGACGACACGAUAAUCCUUUUCUCGACCUCGGACUCGAACGAGGAGUUAUCCGGUUGCUCCUCCUCGUCGUCCUCCUCGAGCAACCACUCUCCGCCGCCAUCGGCCACCGCCACUAGGUCCCACUCCACAACUACUUCCACCCCUUACAAGCUUAUUGUCAAAAACCUUUCCUACACCAUUAAAAGAAACGGGGGCCCAUUUCAAAAGCCCAAGCCCAAUGUUGAGAUCCUUAAAUCAGUUUCCUUCACAGCCCAAAGCUCCCAAAUGCUAGCAAUUGUGGGCCCAAGUGGGACAGGGAAAUCAACCCUUCUUAGAAUCAUAUCCGGGCGGGUAAAAGAGAAAGAGUUUGACCCGAAUUCAAUCUCCCUAAAUGACCACUCAAUUUCAAGCCCAGCCCAAUUAAGAGCUUUAUGUGGGUAUGUGGCCCAAGAAGAUGAUUUACUCCCUUUUCUUACCGUUAAGGAAACUUUAAUGUUUCGCGCCAAAUUUCAGUUAAGACAGUUAAACUCCCAAGAUAGAAAAAACAGAGUAGAUAACUUGUUACAAGAACUUGGUCUUCUCCAAGUUGCAAAUUCCUUUGUGGGUGAUGAAGAAAACCGGGGAAUUUCCGGGGGAGAGCGAAAACGGGUCUCAAUUGGUGUCGAAUUGAUCCAUGACCCGCCCAUUUUGCUACUUGAUGAACCAACUUCCGGGUUAGACAGCUCAGCUGCACUAAAUGUGAUUGAACUUGUUUCUUCAACAAUGUCGAAAUCAAAGCAAAAGACGGUUAUUUUCUCGAUCCAUCAACCGAGUUAUCGAAUGUUUAAACACAUUUCUCAUUUCUUGAUCCUGUCACAUGGUUGUGUUGCUCAUAAUGGAACAAUCAAAUUGCUAGAGGAAAGGAUCUCCCAUUUGGGUUAUGAAAUUCCAUUACAAUUAAACACACUUGAAUUUGCAAUGGAGAUAAUCUCCAAAUUAGAAGAUGAAAAACCAAACAUUUGUUCUUCUACCCCAAUUUGGAACAAGGGUAAAAAUUUAAACUUUUACCCCCCAAAUGAUGAAGGGGUUAAAGGGUAUUUCUACAAUAGGGGGUUAGAAAUAAGAAUCCUUUGUUCAAGAUUUUCAAAAGUGAUUUAUAGAACAAAACAACUAUUUCUUGCAAGAACAAUGCAAGCACUUGUAGGAGGGAUCAGUCUAGGAACUGUGUAUGUCAAGUUAGGGAAAGAUGAGGUGAGCGUAGGAGAAAGAUUAGGUCUUUUUGCCUUUAGUCUAAGUUUCCUCCUUUCCUCGACAGUCGAAGCCUUACCUAUUUACCUACAAGAAAGAAAGGUAAUAAUGAAAGAAUCUUCAAGAAAAGCUUACAAAAUGUCAUCUUAUAUGAUAGCAAACACACUAGUAUUCCUACCCUUUUUGCUUUUUAUAGCCCUACUUUUCUCGAUUCCCGUGUACUGGAUUGUAGGGUUAAACCCUACAAUCCAGGCCUUCUCCUUCUUUGUUUUCAACGUCUGGCUGAUAAUCUCCAUGGCUAGCUCGCUGGUUAUGUUUUUAAGUUCAAUAUCACCCGAUUUUAUAGCAGGGAACUCGCUCAUUUGCACCGUUUUGGGUGCUUUCUUCUUGUUUUCGGGGUAUUUCAUACCAAAAGAGAUCAUUCCCAAGUAUUGGAUGUUUAUGUACUAUCUUUCUUUGUAUAGGUACCCCUUGGACUCUAUGAUUGUUAAUGAGUAUUGGGGUAUGAGAAAUGAUUGUUUUUCAUGGGCAACUAAUGAUCAUACUAGUAGUAGUAGUAGUAAUUGUUUGAUGAAUGGGGGUGAUGUUUUGAGGAAUAGAGGGCUUGAUAGGGAUAUUAGAUGGGAAAAUGUCGGGCUUAUGAUCGGGUUUUUCGUCUUGUAUCGGGUCGUUUGUUGGGUUAUCUUGGCUAGAAGAGCUGCAACUACGAUUUUCUAGUUCGUUUUCAUGGUUAAUUAUUCAAGAGAAUUUCAUGUAAAACUUCAUUGUUGUUAUGCGUAAUUACAUAGUUAUUGUUUAUUACUUAUGUAUUAUAUUUGGUCAAAAUCAACAACAAACCGGAUCCGUGGCGCAAUGGUAGCGCGUCUGACUCCAGAUCAGAAGGUUGCGUGUUCGAUUCACGUCGGGUUCAAAACCCCGAAAUUAUCCGGAUUUCUUUUUUUAUUUUUUUAACAAAUUCUUUCUACAGAAGCAACAAUAGCGCACAACAAACUUAAAAAAUAUU